CAACCUCCUGUAACCAAAGCAUCAUCAUGUCUGGGCGUGGAAAGGGCGGCAAGGUGAAGGGGAAGUCCAAGUCCCGCUCCAGCAAGGCCGGCCUUCAGUUUCCUGUAGGAAGGAUUCACCGCCUUCUGCGUAAGGGCAACUUCGCCGAACGUGUGGGCGCUGGUGCGCCCGUGUACAUGGCCGCGGUCAUGGAAUACCUUGCAGCUGAAAUCCUGGAAUUGGCAGGAAAUGCCGCCCGUGACAACAAGAAGAGCCGCAUCGUCCCCCGUCACCUGCAGCUGGCCAUCCGUAACGACGAAGAGCUCAACAAGCUGCUGUCUGGCGUGACCAUUGCCCAGGGCGGCGUCCUGCCCAACAUCCAGGCUGUGCUCCUGCCCAAGAAGGCGGAGAAGUAGAUG